AUGAACCUCGAAGAUUAUUUUGCGAGAACUGGCUAUAAAGGUUCCCUUGAAAAACAAGAUUUGGAAACGUUAACUGAUAUAUUCCAGCACCACAUCCGUGCUGUUCCCUUUGAAAACCUCAGCAUCCACUGCGGGGAGAAAAUUACUUUGGAGUUGGAGCACGUUUAUAACAAAAUUGUGCGGAAGAAGCGGGGUGGCUGGUGCAUGGAAAACAACCAGCUGUUGGGUUGGGUCCUGAAAUGCCUGGGGUACGACGCCAGCUUUCUGGGAGCCUAUGUGUUCAAUACACAUCAAAAUGCCUAUGCCACCAUCAUGACCCAUCUCCUUGUGAAGGUCAUUAUUGAUGGCAAAGCCUAUAUUGUUGAUGGAGGCUUUGGUGUAUCCUACCAGAUGUGGCAACCGAUGGAGCUUGUGUCAGGGAAAGACCAGCCCCAGGCUCCUGGUGUCUUUCGCUUCACAGAAAAAAAUGACACCUGGUACCUUGAGAAAAUGAGACGGAAACAAUACAUCCCCAAUCAAAAUUUCUCUAAUUCUGAUCUUCUGGAGAAGAAAGAUGAGUUCAGCCUUGAGCCACGGACAGUGGAAGAUUUCCGUUUCCAGUGCACGUACCUUCAGACGUCUCCAGAUUCCCUCUUUACAAAGAAGUCCAUCUGCACCCUCCAGACCACCGAUGGCUUUCGAGCGCUGAUUGGGUGGACGCUCACUGAGACCACAUACAACUACAAGGAAAAUAUGGAUCUAGUGGAAUUCGUAACUCUUGAAGAUGAAGAGGUGGAAAAAACACUCAAAGAGAAAUUCAACAUAACCCUAGAUAGAAAACUUGUCCCAAUUAACAUAAAAGGAUUUUACACAAUUUAG